CAAAGGUACCGUUUUGCCAAUUGCAAGAACACACACGACAGCACGACACACGAAAAGAUGGCGUCUAGGAAAGAGGAGGACAAGCAGCAGCAGGUUGCUGGGGAAGAUGCAGCGCAGCAAGCGCAGCACGUGGAUGGUGGUGGUGAGUUGCAGAGCCACAAGGACAACGACGAUGCUGAUGACGAUGGCUUGAACCAGGAACUGCUCGCUGCUGCACGGGACGGCAGCCCCGACAAGGUGCGGGAUUUGAUUCGCCGCGGUGCUGAUGUCAGUUUCCAGGAGGAGGACCAGGGUAAAAGCGCACUGAUGCUCGCUGCUGAGCACGGCCACGAGGAUGUGGUUGUGAUGCUGUUGGAACGCGGCGCGCCUUGGAACGCCCUCGACCGCAGGGGGAAAUGCGCAGGCCAGUACGCGUUUCAGAACGAGCACCACGACAUUGCUAACCGCAUCCUGAACGCCGGUGUGAGCGCUGAGAUGUUGUUCGCUGCCAUGGAGAAGAAGUCGCAGCUUGUGACGGCCCAAGCGAGCGAAAACAACCAGGGGUACAUCUCCCGCCCAGUCGAGUACAAGGAAGGGGACUUGAUUGACGAUGAAAAGCGCGGCGUCAUGAUGAUGUGGGAGAAACCACUGAUGGAGGCGCACGCUGAGCUCAUGUGCCGGACGCAGGGGGAUGUGCUGAAUGUUGGGUUUGGGCUUGGACUUGUGGACACUGCGAUUCAGGCGCACAGCCCACGCACACACACCAUCAUCGAGGCACACCCGGACGUGUACAAGAAGAUGAUUGCAGACGGGUGGGACAAGCGCCCAGGCGUCAAGGUCAUCCACGCAAGGUGGCAGGACGUGGUUGGAGACCUGCCCCAGUUUGAUGGCAUCUUCUUUGACACGUUUGAUGAUGUGUUGCACAUGCACGAGUUCCACCAGCACCUGCCUCAGGUGCUGCAGCUGCAACUGCAGGAGCUUGGCUUCUCGUACUUUGAGAACGACACAUACCACUUCCCCGUUGUGUUUUGGGCAGAUGCGCCCCCGGCCUUCCUGCUCGCGGCGGACGAGUGA